CUGUGCAGCACCACAGAGCACCAGAGAAGAUGGAUAUCAGAUCAUUGGUCCUGUUGCCGUGGCUUCUCUUUCUGGUGCCACUGUUAAGAUGUGCAAAGUCUUUGGAUUGUGAUAACAGCACACAGUAUGGGUUUCCUUAUCUUGAAAACAAGAGAUGCUGUACCAAAUGUGAUGCAGGUGAAUAUAUGACAAACAAGUGCACAUAUUUUGAGGACACCAGGUGUGCGCGCUGUCCAGAAGGCUCCUACAACCCAGCGAAGAACAAGAAGCAGAACUGUGAGCGCUGCCGCAUCUGUGAAGGAGUGUUUUUCUAUGAGAAGCAGUGUACCCGCUACAGCAACGCAGUCUGCAAGUGCAACUCUGGACUACAGUGCAUGGAUAAGGAGUGCUCAAGGUGUAUAUACCCUGCUGUAAUCACAACCCCUGCAGAAAUCAGUGUAAUAGUUAAACGGAGCACCCCAGCCAAAGAGCCUGCAGGUAAACCAGCCACCCCCGCCAAAGAGCCUGCAGUUAAACCAGCCACCCCAGCCAAAGAGCCUGCAGUUAAACCAGCCACCCCCGCCAAAGAGCCUGCAGGUAAACCAGCCACCCCAACCAAAGAGCCUGCAGGUAAACCAGCCGCCAUACAUGAAUCCAGCAGCUCCAGCAUGGCAUUAUAA